UUGAAUUCUUCCAAAAAGUCAUUAAAAUACAUCUCAAAUAUAUUCAAAGAAAAUUUAUUUAGUGCUAAAGUAUUAAACUCAAAACUACAGUGAUAGCUCGAGAUGUUGUUUCUUGCUAAAGACUAACUAACGGGACUUUCCCUUCAUGCCCUUGGUCCUUGUCGUGACUUUGAGCCACCAAUCCUGCAUGAGCGCGCGCGAAACGUGAAUAAUGUUGCAGAAGCUUAUCAUCCUCCUAGAAUUAGAAGGCUCCAAAUGACUGGUUGCCAACAGGCACAAGACAGAAGAAGGGAGAGAACCUGCAAUACGAUACAAGUUGAAAAUCAUGAAAUAGCUUACAAUUAUCAUGUUGUAGGUUAAUUGUUCGUGUUAGUCAAGAACAGUUGCUAGCUGCGUGAAGUACGGCGGAACAACUGACAAAUCAGAGACAGAACUAUAUUAAGCCUUGGUGAUGGCACGUUGCCUGUUCAAAGCCCGCUCUCUUGCUGAAAAAGAAUCCAUGCUGAAAGAAGAGAUAGUACGAGGAACGACCCGCAUUCUUUCUCUCGUCGAUGCUUCUUCUCUGGUAGUGACUGGGAACUUGAACCUGACCUUGUAUGCUCUCAAGGUCAUUCCGCGUCAUUUGUAUCCUGUAUUAUUGGCUGCAAGUUUACGGAGGGGUCUGGUUGUUUCUACGAAGGCCAUCAUCGGUUCCUGGCCAUUUGCAUCACUCAACUUUCCAGCCCUUCAUAAUUAUUCUGAUAUUCCUAGUAUCCAACAAGCCGAUGAACAGCAUGAUCAUCCAGCCCUAGCUGCUGCUAUCGCCAUAUCGGAGCAGAAAGAUUGCAGAAUCGAAGAUGUUGACCUCACCUCUCUCAACAUUAGUGACAGAACCAAUGAUUUGUUCUUGAAUACCUUAUUGAAGGGAAGACAAGCUGAAACACAGGAAUCAAAAUGUGAGAAGCAACACAGAAGCGCAUCGUCAAAAGAGCACAAAGGACUGAGAAUUCUGAUGAACUCGAGGGUAACCGGUCAAGGAAUCAAGGCCUUCUUUAAGAAGAGGAGCCAACUCCAAGCUGUCAAUAUACAUGUACGUAACAAGAGACUCUGGGUUGACCAAUGUGGGACAGAACUGGUUGAGAGAGUCUUGACUUUUGUUGAAAAAGAGGGAACAACCGAGCUUAACUUGAGCUACAACAGCCUUAGAAAUGAGGGUCUUCGAAGGAUCUUGCCUUUUAUUCAGCAGUUUCCAGCACUGACUGUACUCUGUCUUCAGUACAAUACCCUGAACUUGACAAAAGAUCAUGACAACUCAGUAGUGACCAGUUUAUCGUCUACAUUGCAACAUCUUCCCCGUUUGAGGUAUCUCAACUUAACUGCGAAUCGUAUAACCAGGAAAUUAGCAGAAAUACUGAGAAUAGUGGAGCAGCCAUUGAUUCUCCUUGAUGUGACCUGCUGCAUGCUAUCUAAAGAAGAUAUCGCUUAUCUCGCUGGGUCUUGUCAUUGUCAAGGUAUGCAACACCUGCUCUUGAGGGAUAACUAUGACUUUGGGCGCAACUGGGAUGUAGCUGAGAGACUCCUCCGGAACGUUGCUGACAACCUGGUAGAGCUUGAUUUAGAGCACUGCAACCUUGGACAAAUUCAAGGUUUUGCUGGACAACUUGCCAUCCUGGCGCCAAGAUUCAAAUGCUUGAGGUCUCUGGAGAUCCAGCGGAAUUUCUUAAGAGCUAGGGAUCAGAUCAAUGUGGUUGUGGAAUAUGGUAACUGCCCUUCAAUGGAGAUGCUUCGAUUGUCUUUCCCAGUCCAAGAGGAUGAUGUUUUUGUGGUGGAAGAUGAAGGUAGGACUGAUCCGGAAUGGUUUGAGAAUGUUUGCAGGAAAAGGAAAGCUGAAACUAGGCAUCAUCAAUCAAGCAGUACUGAUUGUAAACAAAUAAUUGUCUUCGUAUAUCAAGAAGACUUUGUAUCCCAUUCAGCUGAAACACAAUUUACAUUUUCAAUUUGAUAAUUGAUAUGUCACAGCAUUGGAGAUGUUCUGCAUAUUUCUGAAAUCCCUAAAAACCAUUAAGAUCUAAAGUUUGAGUGACAUUUAUCAUUCCAAAGAUUCAAAUUUCUGAAAUACAUGUACAGUAUUUGUUAUUCAAGGAGAUUUUGUAUCCUAUUUAACUGAAAUGUGAUUUCCAUUUUUAAUUGAAUAAUUGAAGUGUCACUGAAUUACUGAAUAUUAGCUUGCUGUUUCUGAAUAUCCUAAAAAUAAAUCAUUAGGAUAUUGUGAUUCAUUUUAAGUUUAUUAUCCCAGAUUAAAAAUUAUGGAAUAUAUGUCAAUUUGAAUUUGUAUAUCAAAAAGAUCUUGUAUAUUCCUUCCAGCUGAAAAUUAAUUUUCAUUUUCAAUUUGACAAUUGACUCAUCACCAAAUUGCUGUUGC